UCGAUUGGCUGGCUUUCAUGCCGUCGUCGCCGACAGGGAGCCAAUGUGUCCGGGUCAGCGUGCACCACAAGGAGGACUAGCUUGUGUAAUUUGGAAGGAUAAUGGCGUGUUUGUGUGUGCGAGUCAUAAGGCAGAGCUUCUCUCUGGUUGCUUUGGCCAAGGUUGAAAGAGCAUCCCCACGGUGGCUAUGUACAUCCACCAUGCAGAAGGAUGGCAUCGCCUCAGAAGAGAAGGCUGAGAAGCCUGAACAGAGUGCCGCCGAUAAAGUCCUCGCGGAGAAGACUCAACUGGAAGAGCAGCUCAAGGAUAUGACCGACAAGUACAAGCGAGCCUUAGCAGACACUGAGAACCUCCGGACGAGGCAUCGGGGAAUGAUUGAGGAUGCUAAAUUAUAUGGUAUCCAGGGCUUCUGCAAGGACCUGCUGGAGGUCGCUGACAUUUUGGAGAAGGCGACAGAAAGCGUGCCCAAAGAGGAAAUCACAUGUCAAAACCCACACCUGAAGAACCUUUAUGACGGCCUGGUGAUGACCGAGGCUCAGAUACAGAAGGUGUUCACCAAGCACGGCCUGGUCAAGCUUAGCCCUGAUGGCCAGAUGUUCGACCCGUACGAGCACCAUGCACUCUUUCACGCUCCCAUCGAGGGGAAAGAGCCUGGCACCAUCGCUGUAGUGACCAAAGUGGGCUACAAGCUUCAUGAGCGUGUCCUCAGGCCAGCAGUUGUGGGUGUGGCCAAAGCCCCCUAGGAAGUGACUGUCAUCAUGCAGGACAUGUUGGGCAUCUGGAGCGAGGUGAAGGUUCUCCAUGUGCUCGCCUCACAGGGGCCGAAGCCAACCGGACUGAGCUGUUUUUUACUUGAAGGCCACACCUUAUCUGUUAUGAGGCGGUAAACAUUAUUUCAUCACAGGUUGUUGCUAAUUAAGCGUUUAAAUGGCAAGUGAACUUGAGACCAUCAAAACAUUAGCUAAUGGGUAAAAACGUUAUGUUGUGCGGCAGGCUGGCUGAGCUUGAGGAGUCAUUCCAUAUUGAACUGUACUUCUUAUGAAAACAGAACAAUGUUAUUUAAGUGACAUUUGUUUUGAUAACAUCCAAAUAAACUGACCCGACUUUGUCUUCUUAA